AACCAAGAAAAGACCCUCAAGGCAAUUCUCAGUACCAUCUUAGCACCUCUGACCCCCGAAGAGAAGGAGUCUUUAAAGAAGAACUUGUCUGAAAUUCCCAGUGUAACCUGCACUCAGAAAGAUAUUGAUGUAAUCUCUGACCUUGGUCUGUCCACUCCUGGUGUCUAUGAGUCUUUCCUUCAAUUUAUGUCGGUUAAAGUUCUACCAGAGGAUCUCGAUGGCGUAUUUGGUCUUCUUGAUGUUCUUGGUACUCCAGAAGGCACAAAAAGCUUGACUGGAAAGGCUGUCAAAUUUGAAGACUUGAGCCAUGAGCAAAGAACAGAGGUCUGCCUUUCUUGGAAAUUCUCAGAUAACCCCCAGCUUGUCGGUAUCUUCAAAACUUUCUCUACAGCAAUUUUGAGUGCUGCCUACAACAUGUCGGACAGUCCUCAUCAAGCUGCAAUGGGUUACCCUGGCCAGGAUCCUAUAAGAAGCGCGCCAGGUUAUGUUCCCUGCAUUGUCCGCGACAGAUACAAGUUCAUGACAGAAAAAGAGCUACGAGACCCUGCUUUGAAGUUUGAUGCGAUUGUCAUCGGAAGUGGAGCAGGAGGAGGUGUAUGUGCUGCUGAGCUGUCUCAAGCAGGUUUAUCAGUCCUUGUGAUUGAGAAAGGAAAAUACUAUCAUGAAAGUGAAUUCACUUCCGACGUACCAACUGCCUACAAAAACUUAUACCUUCAAGGUGGAAGUUUUGCCUCUCGCAAAGGAGAACUUAGCAUUCUUGCAGGUAGUACCUUUGGCGGUGCAACCACAGUAAAUUUCUUGGCAAGCUUAAAGCCUCAGCAUUUUGUACGUGAAGAAUGGGCAAAAUUGGGCUUGACUCACUUUACAUCGUCAAAGUUUUCCGAAGAUUUGGACAAGGUUUAUAAAAGGAUCGGUGCUGAAACAUCUGGAAUCAAACACAAUGAACCUAAUCAAAUUUUUGUGGAUGGUUGCAAAAAACUCGGAUGUCACAUUGAGGAUAUCCCCCAAAACACAGGUGGAUUAUCACAUGAGUGUGGAUGGUGUCUAACUGGAUGCAAGGAUGGCAUUAAGAAUGGUACAUCAAACUCAUGGCUCCGUAUUGCUGCUGCCAACAACGCCCGUUUUGUUGAUCAAGCCACUGUGAGCCGGGUCAUCAUUACCGAUGGAAAGGCCACCGGUGUAGAGUUUAAGAUCAAUGGAUCAGAUACACCAAUCUCUCUCAAUGCAUCGCGAGUAGUAGUGUCUGCUGGAUCAUUGCAUUCUCCUGGUAUCCUUUCAAGAAGCGGACUGAAGAACAAAAAUAUUGGAAAGCAUCUUCGUCUUCAUCCUGUAACUGUGAUCUAUGGUUUGUUUGAAGAUCGUCAAGUUAAUCCUUUUGAAGGAUCUCUUAUGACUGCUCUGAGCAACAGUCUUGAAAACCUAGAUGGUGAAAAUUAUGGAUCUAAGCUUGAGGUUCCUCAUCACACCACAGAUAUGUACAUCUUUGGCAUCCCAUGGCAAGGAGGAAAGGAACACAAAGAAAGAAUGCUCAGAUUUAGACAGUCAUCAUCCAUCAUUGCUCUUGUCCGUGACAAGGAUUCUGUGGGAAGUGUAGAGCACACCAAAGAUGGAAAGGUUAUCGUCAACUACAAGUUAUCUGACCAAGACAAAAUAUCGAUUAUCAAGGCAGAAGAGAGAUCGGCUAUGAUUUUGGUCGCUGCUGGUGCUAGAGAGAUCCAUACUGGCUUCUUUGGCAUGAAGCCUUUUAUAUUCGAAAAGAAUGAACCUACUGAAGUGAAUAACCCAAGAUUCCUCCAAUGGAUUGAUGCUUUGAAUAAGAACGGAAUGCCAGAUAACGCUAUGAAUUACUUCUCUGCUCACCAGCUGGGAACAUGCCGAAUGGGUGUUUCUCCUGACACCUCUGUCACUCAACCAACUGGUGAGACCUGGGAAAUCAAGGAUUUGUAUGUUUGUGACGCAUCUCUUUUCCCAACUGCAAGUGGUGUCAAUCCCAUGGUCACAACAGAAGCCAUUUCUGUCCAUGUAUCUGAUUCAAUUGUCAAGUCAAUUAAGCUUGCU